AUGACGCCGCGCGGGGAAUCGCCGUCCGACGACGACGUCGACGACGCCGCGAGCGCCGAGGCGCUGCUGGGACUCUUCAUGCUCGUCAGCGCGCUGGUGUACGUCGAUCGAGGGAUCGCGAGCUCGGCCGCGGUGAGCGGGGCGCCGAGGAGCGCGCGCGAGCCCGCGGGGCGAGGCUUGCAGGGCGCGCUCGGGUGCUCGUACGCGGCGUACGGAGCGCUGAACGCGGCGUUCAUGAUCGGACUGCUCUCGGGCGCGCCCGCGUUCAGCGCGAUGGCGAAUAAAGCGUGCGCGUUCAGAUUGAUCGCGAUCGGGCUGGCGAUGGCGGCGGUGGGGGAGCUCGGAUGCGCGCUGGCGCCGACGUGCGGGUGGGCGUUCGCGGCGCGCGCGCUGGUGGGCGCGGGAGAGGCGAGUUUUAUCGCGCUCGCGGCGCCGUUCAUCGAUGAUAAAGCGCCGAAAGGCGCGAAGACGAUGUGGUUGGCGAUGUUCUACGCGUGCGUGCCGUUCGGGGUGGCGUUCGGGAUCGCGUUCGGGGGGGCGGUGACGCCGGCGAUGGGGUGGCGAUGGGCGUUCGGGUUGAACGCGUGCGCGAUGGCGCCCGCGGCGGCGUACUGCUUCUGGCGUCCGGCGGUGCGCAUGCGAGGCGUCGGAGGCGAUGCGAAUGCGCGCGAGGCGGCGGCGACGUCGACGGUGGCGUCGUUGACGCGCGCGUUCGCGCGAGAUUGUAAAGAGUUGUUCGUGCGCGAGACGUACGUCGUCGUCGUGCUCGGGUACGCCGCGUACACCGCCGUCAUCGGCGUGUACGCGGCGUGGGGACCGAAAGCCGGGUUCGCGAUAUUUCGAGAUGAGUUACACACGUCGACGAACGCGGACAUGCUCCUCGGUGCGAUCACCGUCGUGAGCGGGAUCGCGGGCACGCUUCUCGGCGGCGGCGUCGUGGACAAGUUGGGGAGCUCGACGGCGACGGCGUUGCGCACGUCCGCCAUCGCCGCCGUCGGGGGAUUCGUGUGCCUCGAGCUCGCUUUCAGGUGUCAAACGUUCGCAUCGUUCGCGGUGUGCUUGCUCAUCGGACAAAUGUUCGCUUUCGCGUUACAGGCGCCGAUCAACGCCGUCGUGCUCUGGAGCGUCCCCGCGCGUCUGCGCCCGCUCGCGUGUUCGAUGACCACCGUCACCAUUCACCUCUUCGGCGACGUCCCAUCGCCGCCGCUCUUCGGGCACUUCCUCGAGCGCGAUGGCGCCCCCACGCCCGAGCGCUGGCGAACCAUGUGUUCGACGUUCACGCUCUUAUUCGUCGUCGCCGCGGGCGUCUUCGCGACGGCGGCGCGGCGAGCCGGCGGCGACGCGCGCCGACAACGCGUCUUAGACGACGACGACGACGACGACUCGCGCGACGUCGACGACAGGCUCUUACCGACGUAG